AACGCGCACUAAGAUGUUGCACAGACUCAGCCCAAGUGAUCCUUCUGCGAUCGAACGUACAGCUCCUGUAUCCUUCCAUCAGUAUGUUCUCACGGAACGCCACUACAACAGCAAUGAAGAGGAGGGGGGUCCUUGUAAUUUCCGUUGAUUUUUUUUUCAAGUCCCUCGCAACCCCCCUCGGAAGCAGAGGUCGAUGAGCGCCAUCAUAAAUCUAUCCGGCCUGAAACUGUGCCAUGAAAUUAGAGAAGGAUCAAAGCCCCUGCGCACGCUUAAUGCUUUCCCUCCGCGAUGCAGCUGUCGAACUCGCAUUGGCAGCCCUCAAGUAGCGGCAUUCAAACCUGCUACUUUGAGGCUGCUGCACACAUUCCUCCUAGAAUCGAUGAAAAUUAUAGGCUUGGACCACGGAGGCCCACCGACAUAAACAGACAGCUCGAUGAAAUAUCCCGAGAUUUGGCUUAUGUUGAUACCCUUUUGGCGGAACUAUGGCUUCUCCUCUUGCGGUACAAGCAAACAUCUGUAUAUCACUUCGGAGACUUUCUCCCUUCAAAAAAAACCUCGGAUCUUGCAUCCGCCUACCACAGCCAACCCAUCAACGAUACUUGCCCUCAACCUGCUGAUUUCCAGCCUGGUAACGAGGAGCUGGAAUGCCUGUGGCUAUCAGAGGACAGCGAUGGCCCAUGUAGCCACAGGUUCAAAAACAGGAAGGAUUUCAUCGACCACCUCAACCGCUCCCAUGAAGCCAAUGGCACUGCCAAACGCAAAAUUCCCUGCCGUUGGCUUCUCGGUCCUCAUGAUCUGUCGGUGUGUGAGCGUGAAGUACGCCGAGCUGGCUUUUCGCGUCAUAUAGACGUUCACCUUAAAACCACCUUUGCGUGCCCUCAUCCCGGGUGCCAAAAACGUUAUUCCCGUCACGAUGUGCUCCAGAAGCACCUCAAAGUACACACCGAUUGAAUUCCUGGAGUCUCACGACCCCAACGAUACUGUGUUGUAAAGGCAAUACUAUACACGCAAUGCCCAGCUUUUUUCAACUAUUCAAUAGAGGAGUCAGAGGUCGGCGAGUCGGCGCUGCGAAUUCAGUGUACAAUCGUGUCACAUCCAUCAGAAAU